AUGGGUUCUUAUGCUAAUGGCAGCACCUGUGGAGAUGAUGAUCCUCCAUCAGUGGAGGAGCUGAAAGAACCAGCUUUUCCUCUUAAAACAAUGCCACUGCAUGCUAAUGGCUGGUUGAAUGACAUGAAGAUAUCCUCGCCUACUGCUAUCCGAGUGAACAUUGGUAACAAUGUUGCUUUUGAUCCCAUCUACCGAGCUUGGACUAAGAAGUAUCCUUCAGCUCUAAACGCAUUUGAAAAAAUUGUUGCCUAUGGCAAAGGCAAGAAGAUGGCGCUGUUCUUGGAUUAUGAUGGAACCCUCUCGCCAAUUGUUGAUGAACCUGACCACGCUGUCAUGUCUGAUCAGAUGCGGGAGGUGGUGAGGAGUGCUGCACUGCAUCUUCCCACUGCGAUUAUCAGUGGAAGGUCUUGUGAUAAGGUGUUUGAUUUUGUAAAACUCACCGAACUAUACUAUGCUGGUAGCCAUGGAAUGGAUAUCAUGGGUCCAGUGGGAAAAGCUGGUUCUACCACUGACCAUAGAAGCAGCACUAACUCCAGUAAGAAGCAGAACAAGGAGAUGAAGAUCUUUCAGGCUGCUAGCGAAUUCUUACCAAUGAUUGACGAGGACUGGCCACUCGUUGCACGGUGCACAGACGACGUCCUGAAAGCCUACCCUCGCCUCCGACUGAGUCAUGGACGAAAGGUUUUAGAAGUUCGUCCAGUGAUAGACUGGAACAAGGGGAAGGCUGUGGAGUUCUUGCUGGACUCCCUUGGGCUAGCUGACUCUGACGAAGUGCUCCCAUCUACAUCGGAGAUGACCGAACAGAUGAGGACGCGUUCCAAGGUUUUACGGGGAGACAAACGGGGUUUUGGAAUUUUGGUGUCAUCUGUACCAAAGGAAUCUCACGCCUUGUACUCCCUGGUGGAUCCAACUGAGGUGAUGGACUUCCUGAAGAGACUAGUGAAAUGGAAGGAGGAAGAAGCAUAA